GCGAACCAAGUGUCAAGUGUCCGGAGCGCGAAGCUCCAGCUCCAUCGGCUGCUCGCGUGGAGCAGGCUCAAGUGGUUGAAAUGUCUCAAUUUAGUUUACAAAUUGUUUUAAAUAAUUUGGAACAGUGCCAUCACGACGAAGAUUGUCUAUUAAUGGACCCUUACCUAGCAGCCUUCAAGGAACUGAACAAAUUUUUCCAAGGGCUUGGCACAGUUUUCAACUUCAUCAGCUCUGACAUUGCAAGCAAGAUACAAAUAAUGGAUGCCUAUCGUGCUGAUCAACAUGUGGCUGACAAAUACGAAGAUAUAUUCGUUAUGGUGGAAUAUGAACGCAAGACAGGUGCACUUCAAAAUACAAGCAAGCCAUCAGGCUCACGAACGGUGCUUCGACUCAAUUGGGCUCUGGAGUUUAUUGCACAUUUUUUCAAACGCCUGAGCACUGCCAGUGAAAACACGAAGAUGUCAUCCUUAGCUUCAGAGAGCUAUCAGGAUACUCUAGCAAAACACCAUCCCUGGUACAUACGACAUGGUGCUGGUCUCGCACUAAUCACACUGCCCACAUGCAAACAGAUGUUCUCCAGGGCACUGGCCAAUGAAAAAGAACACCUUCCGCAACUGCUGCUUUCUGUAUCGGAAGCUGCACAGCAUGUGUUUGACUCAACGCAGCAUCUGUAUGCGGAGCACAACCUCUUAGACCUGCCUUAGAACUUUCUACAAUGCAACACUCGUUUGCCAUACGUGGUUGUGAUAUUGCUCAGAAGUCCUAUGAUAGUCAUUUAAAUUUUUGUCACCAUAUUUCUUGAAUUUUUAACUUGUGGUAGUGGUUGUACCCACAUGAUCUAUAACAGCAGUUGCAGUACUUUAAAAUGGCUCAUUAUAAUGAACAAAAUGAUGUGUGCAUCUUGAAAGGCAUCUUCAAAGUGGGAUACAUGUUUUCUUGGGUAAUUGAGGUAUAAAUGGUACUUAGGUUAGUAAUUGCAUGUGAUCUACCAGAAAUAUGCAAUUGAUUUUUAUUUUGGAAUACUCUGCUCAUUUGCAAUAUCUCAACUGGCUCCUCUUAGUUGUUUGUCUGAGUUGCAUCUUCACACACACAUGAAUGCUUGUGUUCUUGAUAUGAUUUUAUGGUACCCUACUUUGCACUUGCUUAUGUAAUUAAUCUGAAGUCUCAUCAUUGCUGCAUUGAGUUUAUAAUUAGAGAGCGAAAUGUGUGUGACACUGAAGUACAUUUAUCUUGCUUCAUAUGCAGGAGGGUAUACAAACCGUUCAUAAUACACACGGGUGCAUGGCUUACAUUAAACGCUUAAGAUACACUUUCUGUGCAUAUCUGUGAUAGUUUCUAAACAUCCAAUGCAGCCCCAUGGUUCAUGGAGUUCCCAUGCCCUAUACACAUGUACAAAAUAGCACAUGUUUAAGCUGGUUUCACAGAUGCUCUGUCGCCGAGGCAGCAUGCUCAAUAUGAUAUCCAGAAAAAGGACAGAAUGAUGAUCAAUUCAGAGGUCAUGUGGGGUCGAUGAUAUAUCGAUGACGUAUCUAUGAUAUUUAGUGGGGUCUAUGUGCAGCUUAGGAAGUCCAUUUGUUCAGGUAGCUUUGUGGGAGGUGGAAAUCGGGUGAAAGUUACAUAAAUGUAGGUACACUGACAUCUGCUGUGCGUUAUGUGAGGCACUCUGUACGUAAAAGUUGUGAUUCAGAUUUGUGCUACACAGAUUAUUAUUUCAAGUACUUAUAAAUGAUUACAAUGUACUAAUAUACAGUGCUGUGCAAAGAAAAUACUUUAUCUCGAUGA